AUGAAGAGGAUGUUUGAUACAUUAAAUGAAUCAUUAAAGAAUGAUGGAGUUUGUGUAGUAGCAGCAUCAUCAAUGACAUGUGCAACCGUUGGACUAACAGUGCUUACAGUUGAUUCAUUGCGUUUCCUAUCUCUUCUUCAUCGAAAGUUUAAUAAUGAUAGAUUACAACUACUCAACAAUAGAAUCAAUAUUCAAUCAAUCCUAGAUACUUCAUUUGUAGCAAACUCUAAUCCAUCUACAUCAUCGACAUCUACAUCAUCACCAUCAUUAAAGUUACCAACAUUAUUAAAGGAAACUGAAUUUAUUCGAAAUGAUAAGAAUUGGAGAGUUGAAAAGAUACCUGGUGUAUUGAUGGAUAGAAGGUGUGAUAUUGUUUGUUUGGAUGUAACAUCAAAGUACAAUCUAUUAGAGUGUAUAAAGAGUGGUGCCAAUGGAGUACAAGUAGACUUUGACGAUGGGUAUGCUCCCACCUGGGACAAUGGGUUACGUGCACACUCUAAUAUUAACGAAUUGGCCAAAGAGUGUUUUCAAGAGACUGACGCUCUCCUCAUUAUGCGUCCACGUUCACUCAACCUCGAUGAAUGUCAUGUACUGGUCGACGGACAACCUGUAGCCGGUGCAUUGUUUGACUAUGCCAUGUUUAUGUUUCACAAUGGUCGUGCACUUGCCAGUCAGGGCCGCGGUCCAUUCUUUUACCUACCAAAGUUGGAAAACCAUCGCGAAGCAAUAUGGUGGAAUGGAGUAAUCGUCUAUGGUGAGCAACUUCUCAACUUGACUCAUGGAACUAGCAAAGUCAUCGUUUUGAUUGAAAAUAUCUUGGCAACCUUUGAAAUGGAGGAAAUCAUCUAUUACUUGCGUGACUAUAUCGUUGCACUCAAUACCGGUCGUUGGGAUUACAUCUUUUCAUUUAUUAAAAAGUUUGGACAGUCUACUCAACACAUCUUCCCAGACCGGUCGUGUAUGGGUCUCGACCAGCCAUUCCUAGCAUCCUACUAUCGUCUGCUCGUCGAUGUUUGUCACCGUCGUGGAUGUCUUGCAACUGGAGGGAUGGCACCACAAUACCCAUCAUCGACCACCCAUCUAUCGGCCGAAGAACUGGCACUGGUUACCAAAGGUAAAGAAACAGAAGCUGCCAUGGGAUUUGACGGAGCAUUAGUUGCCUAUUAUCAAGCAGUCUCUCUUUGCAAAGAAGCAUUUACCAAGUAUUUCCCAACCACCACAAGUGUCAAUCAAAUGGAUAAACGUGUCAACAUUGACCAUGCACAACUCUACCAAAUGGUUACCCAAGUACCAAAAGGAACCAUCUCAACCAAAGAGGUUUACGCUUCAACCUAUAUUCUUUGUAAUUAUAUUUUAUCUUGGAUUCGUGGUCAAGGUGCAUUACCUCUUAAUAAUAUAGUUGAAGAUUUAGCUACUGCUGAAAUUAAUAGAGUAUUAUUAUGGAAAUGGAUAAAAUAUCAUUCAAAAACAACAGAAGGUUAUGUUAUUACAUUUUCAUUGGUUAGAUCAUUUAUGGAUCAGAUUACACAAAAAAUGUAUAUGAACAUUAGAGAAAAAGAGUAUUUGGAUCAAGCCAUCACCAUCCUAUUGACAAGUCGACCAUGUAUAGAUUUUAUGCCAUCCAUUCUUUAUCCAUUUAUUACAACCAUUUAUAAACCAGUUGCCAAACUUUAA